ACCCCGCUCACUUUAGCACAUCCCCAUUACUCCCUUCUAUUCUGCGCUGGAAUCCUUAUCCUUCACCCCCCCUCAAUUCUCUCUUUUCUUGCUGGAUAGUAAGCUACCCAUUUCUCUUGUUGUUGUUUGGCUUUCCAUUAAUGAAAAUACUAUCAGAGAAAAGAAGCUUUAUUUUUGUUGGGUUUUUUCAUAGAAAUGUAAUCUAUUUGUAUCUUUAAAAAAUUGGUCUUUAUUUUCUUGAUUUUGUUUAAUCACGUUUUUUUCUUUACUUUGGUCCAAAUCAAAACAAGAAAAGUUCUCUAUGGCAAGAAAUAAUGAAGCUGCUGUCACCGAGUCCAAGAAUGAAUCUAAGAGAGUGGUUCCACUCAAUACAUGGAUCCUAAUUUCCAACUUCAAGUUGGCUUACAAUCUUCUCCGUCGCCCUGAUGGGACUUUCAACCGUCACUUGGCAGAGUUCCUUGACCGUAAGGUCCCAGCCAAUGCGAAUCCCGUUGACGGAGUUUUCUCUUUUGAUAUUGUCAUUGAUCGUGAAAUAGGCCUACUCAGCCGCGUCUAUCGCCCGUCUUUCGAGGAUGGAGCUUCACCGAGCAUAAUUGAACUUGAAAAGCCUGUGACUGCUGAUGUUGUACCGGUCAUAAUUUUCUUCCAUGGUGGAAGUUUUGCGCACUCUUCCUUCAAUAGUGCUAUCUAUGACACACUUUGUCGCCGCCUUGUUGGCAUUUGCAAGGGAGUUGUUGUGUCAGUUAAUUACAGGCGAGCUCCGGAAAAUCGUUAUCCUUGUGCUUAUGAUGAUGGAUGGACUGCUCUUGAGUGGGUUAAUUCAAGGCAAUGGUUGCAGAGCAAAAAAGACUCGAAGGUUCACAUAUACUUAGCUGGAGAUAGCUCUGGUGGUAAUAUUGUUCAUAAUGUGGCUUUCAGGGCAGUAGAAUCCAAAGUAGAAGUGUUGGGGAAUAUAUUGUUGAACCCUAUGUUUGGUGGACAAGAGAGAACUGAAUCGGAGAAGCGAUUGGAUGGCAAAUAUUUCGUCACACUUCAAGACCGAGACUGGUACUGGAGAGCUUAUCUUCCUGAAGGUUCAGACAGGGACCAUCCUGCAUGCAACCCGUUUGGUCCAAAUGGUAUUGACCUAAAUGGAGUUAAGUUUCCAAAGAAUCUUGUUGUUGUAGCAGGCUUGGACCUUGUUCAGGAUUGGCAGUUGGCCUAUGCCGAUGGGCUUAAGAAAGCCGGACAAGAGGUUAAACUGAUAUAUUUGGAGAAGGCAACAAUAGGGUUCUACUUGUUACCAAAUAAUGAACACUUCUAUACUGUCAUGGAUGAGAUAUGUAACUUCGUGAGUUCUGACUCUUCAUAAUAUUAACCUUGUCAAAAGUAGGAUGCUUGAAGACGUUUGAAGUUUUGUUGAAGUUAGUUUCUAGCCUAUCAACCGUUUGAAAGAUUGUAUAGCAUUUCCAAUUACUGCUUUAUUGGUCAUGCUAUUGCUUGGAUUCUGCUCCAGUGGCUGAGAUGGCUUGUUGGAAGCGGAAAGCCUCAAUCAUGUAGCUGGAUCUGUUCUAUAGUUUAUUCCAGGUACAAAAAGUGUCUGGAUAUUGGUUGUAUAUUUCGAUAGCUGUGCCAGUGGUUAUAGUCAUCUUGUCUUCGGUUAGCAGAUAUGCUGAUUUACGAUUAACAUUUCCCAAGUUAGCCUCCGUAGUACAGGGGGUAAGUCCAGCGCUGAUCCACCAGGGGACCGGUGCCUUGCUAAUGUUAUACAGCUGAUCAUACUAUUAUGCUUCACGGAUAAACAUCCUAAAUCGUGGAGUUGUAAAAUAUAUCUAGAAUUAUAUAGAACUACGUUUGCUUCCACGCGUUAUCAUGGUCUUUGUUCGUAUCACCCCCUGGUUUAUUUUCUUUUCUGAGUACUUUGUCACUUCUUUGACCUUGAAUAUGUACAUCCUUAGAGCACUUCCUACCGUUUAGAA